AUGGAUGCAAAGAGGAAAUUCUCACAAGAGAAAGACCUGUAUCAAAACGACGAUAAAAGGAAAAAGGUCGUGGCACUAGAAAAUCAAGAAACUGGUGGAAGUUGUGUCGAUGGAAAUGUGGCUCAUUGGUUUUCGAAAACUAAGUUCAAUGGGUUAGUGGACGUACCAAUUGUGUAUUUGGCCUUGGAAGAAAAUGUAGUUAAGAAUGAUCUUACAUUGAGAAGCUCACUUAAACAUGUCAUCAUUGGCAGUAUCAGCGGAGGCAGUAACAGUGGUAAAGGGCUAGCCAAGGAUUUGUACUUAGAUGUAAAUGAAUUGGUCGAAGUUCAAGUGAGAAGUGAUAAAGAAAUCAAUAUGAUGAAAGACAAAGGAAAAGCAAUAUUCGACCUUAACGAAGCUAUUUGGCCAAAAGAUGAACCAAUAUCAAACACAUUUGAGAAAAGUAGAGCAACACUGACAAAUUGUGAGCAUUCUUGGAUAUGGAAGCAAGGUUUUGGUGAUAUGUGCUAUCAUUUACAAGGAUCAUCCGUUGCCACCGGAUUCAGAUCGAAUAUCUGCAAAGAUAUCAAGAUGAGAGUUCCUAAAGAUAGCUUUUCAGGAACUGGCAUUUUCCCACAUCCUUUGCAUAAAAUGAUUAUGAAACCACAUCACUUCGAGAUACUCAAUUUUCUCUGCAAGAACUUGGUUGUGGAAAACUCAAAUGGAUGCAUCAUAGAUCAAACUCCUUUAUCUGAAAAGACCUUCUUGAUGAUCAGUUUCAUCUAUGUGGGUGUUGAACGUUUGGAAAAAAAGUUUGGUGAAUUGAAGGUCAAUGACCUUGUGUUGCUAGACUUCUACUCGACAAAGGCGAGUGCCAAACAAUUCUCCAACAUAGUAUCUGAUAACAGUGGUGCAGAAGCUUCAGACUCUUGUAGGGAUAUUCUUUUAAACAUUCUUUCGGUUGUUGUUUUCGGCAGAGGAACUGAUCCGAGGAACGAGAUGAUGAGCUUUCUUAAGGUUGUUUCUCGUAUCAAGACGCCACAUAAGGUUCUACUCACUGGCUCACUAUACCAAAACAACAUUAAGGAGGUUUUCAACAUUCUUGAUGUUGCUUUCCCUGAGUUUCUGAAGCAUAACCAAAUUGGUAAAAAUUUCAGAAAAUUCCUUAAUGUUGAAGCUGAUGGGCCUUCAACGAAUUUGUAG